GGGGCGGGGUCAACGCUCGCAAUGGCUGGCUCCGGCCGCCUGGAGGUGGGCCUGCUCUGGGCCGGCCUCCGUAUCACCAUGGCAGCAGGAAUGCGGCCACCACGCCAGAGCGCUGGCAGGCAGAGCCCCGAAGGCCUGGAGACAGAGAUGCUGAAACCGACGGAUCGAUAAUUUGAGAGGUGGCCCUGAUUCGGCUCUUCUAGGGACUCUGAAGAUGGGGACCCAAGUGGUUAUGAGAUUCUGUAACUCCUUGCUGCCAGCAGAACCCUCUCAACAGCUGCAGGCGUAUGUGGCCUGGGUGAAUGCACAGUUGAAGAGGAGGCCAGCAGUGAAGCCUGUGCAGGACCUGCGACAGGAUCUCCGGGAUGGUGUGAUCCUGGCAUAUCUCAUCGAGAUUGUUGCAGGAGAGAAGCUGAAUGGGGUACAGCUGAGUCCCAGUAACCAACAGGAGAUGAAGAAUAAUGUGGAGAAAGUACUACAGUUUGUGGCUUCCAAAAAGAUUCGUAUGCACCAGACUUCGGCUAAAGAUAUUGUGGAAGGAAACCUGAAGUCUAUCAUGAGGCUGGUCCUUGCCUUGGCAGCUCAUUUCAAACCUGGCUCUAGCAGGAUGGUGAACCAAGGACGGGACUCCCGAGCUCCUCUGCAGAGUCACCAACCACACUGUGCCACAGCUGUUGCCCAGGGAGCAGCUGCUGCUCUGGCAGAUGUGUGUCAUGACAUGUCCCGAUCAGGACGGGAUGUCUUUCGAUACAGACAGAGGAACAGCAGCAUGGAUGAGGAGAUUGAGAAUCCAUACUGGAGCGUGCGGGCCCUGGUGCAGCAGUAUGAAGGACAACAAAGGUCUCCAUCUGAAUCCAGCUGCUCCAGCCUGACUUCACCCAGUCCAAUCCACAGUGCAAAGAGCGAAUCCAUUAUAACCCAGUCAGAAGAGAAGGCGGAUUUUGUUAUUAUUCCCUCUGAAGGAAUAGAGAACAGAACAGAGGAGGCAGAUUCUCCACUAUCUCGAGACUGGCGGCCAGGGAGUCCUGGAACCUAUCUGGAGACCUCAUGGGAAGAACAGCUGUUGGAACAGCAAGAACAUUUAGAAAGAGAAAUGGAGGAAGCAAAGAAAAUGAUAUCAGGACUCCAGGCCUUACUGCUCAAUGGAUCCUUACCUGAAGAUGAACAGGAGAGGCCCUUGGCCUUAUGUGAACCAGGAGUCAAUCCUGAAGAACAACUGAUUAUAAUCCAAAGUCGUCUGGAUCAGAGUAUGGAGGAAAAUCAGGACCUAAAGAAGGAGCUGCUAAAAUGUAAACAAGAAGCCAGAAACUUACAGGGGAUAAAGGAUGCCUUGCAGCAGAGAUUGACUCAGCAGGACACAUCUGUCCUUCAGCUCAAACAAGAACUACUGAGGGCAAAUAUGGACAAAGACGAGCUGAUCAACCAGAAUGUGGAUCUGCAGAGGAAGCUAGAUGAGAGGAACCGGCUCUUGGGAGAAUAUAAAAAAGAGCUAGGGCAGAAGGAUCGCCUCCUUCAGCAGCACCAGGCCAAGUUAGAAGAAGCACUCCGGAAACUCUCCGAUGCCAGUUACCACCAGGUGGAUCUGGAGUGGGAGCUAGAACACAAAGAUGUCCUUCUGGCUCACUGCAUGAAAAGAGAGGCAGAUGAGGUAACCAACUACAGCAGUCACAACUCUCAAAGCAAUGGCUUUCUUCUUCCAGCAGUGGGAAAAGGAGCUGCUUCCAUCAUGCACAGAGGGACCAGUGACCUGCAGCUUGUUCGAGAUGCUCUCCGCAGCCUACGCAACAGUUUCAGUGGCCACGACCCUCAGCACCAUACCAUUGACAGCUUGGAACAGGGCAUCUCCAGCCUCAUGGAGCGCCUGCAUGUCAUGGAGACACAGAAGAAACAAGAAAGAAAGGUUCGGGUCAAGUCACCCAGAACUCAAGCUCGUAGUGAAUACCAGCAGUCCUGGCCCCCUAAUUCGAAGUUGCCUCACUCACAGAGCUCUCCAACUGUCAGCAGCACCUGCACUAAAGUGCUCUAUUUCACUGACCGGUCACUUACGCCCUUCAUGGUCAACAUACCAAAGAGGUUGGGGGAGGUGACACUGAAGGAUUUUAAAGCAGCUAUUGAUCGGGAAGGGAAUCACCGGUAUCACUUCAAAGCGCUGGAUCCCGAGUUUGGCACUGUCAAAGAAGAGGUUUUCCACGAUGAUGAUGCAAUUCCUGGAUGGGAAGGGAAAAUUGUAGCCUGGGUGGAAGAAGACCAUGGAGAGAAUUAAUACCGAGUAUUAGAUUGGGGGCUUGUGGAACCUGGUCAUUCCCUGGCUGCUUCACUCAGGAAAGGGGACAAAACCAGAAUACACUAAGAAGUUUCUAGUUUGUGCUGCCAAAACAGAAGCUUCUCCAAGUGUGAUGGCCACAGGCCAGUCCUGUUUCUGUGCCUGGCAUAUCUGGUACUUAAAAUCUCUGUCCAAACGUAGACCAUGGGUUCAUCUGGAGUUCCUUGUCCGUGGGAACGCAGUGUUUCAUUCUGCUCUGAGGACAACAAACCGAAGGCCUUAACCAAUGGGGAUGAAUGAUCCCGCUCCUAUGGGGGCAUGGCUGCUAUUAUCUGGAAAACUAGGAAUUGGAUGCAUCACUCCUGUGUGUUACAGUAUUAUUUUAAUUGGCCUCAAUGGUUGCAGAAAUCAGAGUCCCAGCAUUUGUACUCACAAGACAAGGCAAAGGUACCAGCUUUUCUGUUUCAUUGCAGCUUUGCAAACCAAGAAUAACUCAUGAAGUGGUACCAAAGAUGAAAAUCCCAUUCUUCAGUAAUCUUUUGAACUGGCCAUGGAUGGUGCUGAAUUGUUGAUUGGAUGGAAAAAGGGCUGCCCGUAUCGUGCUAUCUUGUGCUAAAAACUAAGACAGACCUUGGGCUGCUUCUUCUGUCUUAACUGGUUCUGGAGCUUGUCCUUGAGCCCACAUAGGGCCUAUUUCUUGUACUGCUAGUUUCCUCUGGGGACUCUUUAACUUUAGAGCCAUUUCUUUUUCCUCAAACUGAUGAACUUUGUUUUGAAAGGAAUGAGGAGUAAAAGGCUCCUUAAAAAUCCAGGCGGGUAUGGAAAGGUGCUGCUACCCAUAUCUUCUUGACUUUGUGUCAUGACUUCCUUUAACUCAUGGCAUCUCCUUUGCAUUUAAAAGGAGACAGACCACUAAUUUCAGUAUUUCUUUAUGAUUUAUAAAUACUGAGCAUGAAUUACUGGUCUGCCCCUCCUCAUUUUGAGGCCAGAGUUAUUUUCUAUUUAUAUAUUUAGUCUAGGCUGAUCCUUAUGGGCACAGUAGAAACCAUGGGGCAUGAAGCAUGAGUGGUGCAUGGCAGAGAUGAUUCUGAGUGGAAAACAAAAAACACCCUAGAAUCAUUUCUCAUGUGCAACAAUGUCAAGUGUAGAGGCUAAGCGUUCAACUUCCAGAGAUUACUUAAUAACCUGGGUUUUCUCAUUCAUCCACCAAGCACCAUCAACCAACCAGCCAUUAUUAUUUAUAUAUAUAUUCCCAAAAGCGGUUUGCCUGUUACCUCCAAUGUACACUGCCAAACAUAAGAUUAGGACAGGUCCUCUGGGUUCUUGACCUGUCUGUCUCCAAUCCAUCUCCCCUUUUUCCCCUUUUCAGCCAUUUCAAUAGACUACUCUUUGGCGCUUGGAGAUAACAUCUUAUUGUUUUAUAUAGUGUCUUUUAAAAAUAGUUCAUGUUUGGAGAAUUCUUUUGUACUCAUUUGCUUUUUGUCUGAGAACCAUGUCUAUUUUUAUAACUGAGUGUGGGUUCUGUAUAUUCUCACAUUCUGUAUACUGUAUCCAUUUUCUAGAGAACCCAGUAGCUUUUAUACAGUCUCUUCUUACCACCCCUGUGGUUUCAGAACAAGCUUUAUUUUAUUACAAGUAUACUAAUGGCAACUAAUUCCUGUUCCAAUUCUACCUGCUAUUUUAGUUGUGGAGGUAGUUUUAUGUAAUCCAGUUGAUUGCUCCUCUAGCAGACAGAAGGAGCUCAAAGACACUUGACGCUUUUUGUGUAAGUUUACCUGGUCUUCUCCCAUUGAAGAGUGAUUUUUCAUUAGAAUGACUGGGAAAGUUGGGAAAAGUCAGCCAAAAGCAAGAAUAAUUCAUUAUGAAAGCAAACAUAAGAAAACAGUAUAUUCUCACAGUUUUUUUCCAGGAAAUCUGGAGAAAAAGUCCUCAUGUCACCAGUUUCUCUGUUGCAUGAAUUUUAGUGUUUUGCUAUAAGUCAGCAUGAGGGCUAACAGGCCAAAAUUCGUUACUGUAUUUCCAGUACAAUUUAUCUUGAAUGUCUCUUAAAUCAGUUCUUCUUGUCAGUUUUCUUUCAGCAAACAGUUUUGCCAUUAUGUGGAAUUUAACUUUUCAGAGAAAAUUAAAUCAGAAAAUUUUCAGAGUCCUCUA